AAUUUGAUGUUUCAUGAGAAAACCAAAAGAAAGCGAUAUUUCGAAUAGAGAAAAGAAUUAUUCAAAUAAUCUAGGUACAUAACUGAAAGAUAUUUUCUGUGGAUAGUUCUAACAAAAAAGCAAACCCUUCUCAUUAAAUCUCGUACAUUUAAAAAUUUAACAUUCACAUACAAAUAAUAAACUUUAUUGCGAAUAACACAACCUGGAAACAACUUAUAAAAUUACCUCUUAAAAAUACUGUCAAUUAAUUUGGAGAAAACAAACUUCAUCGAAAGAAGAUUUACGAAAGUAACAAAAAUAUGGAAGAAAAUGAAAUUAUCUUGAAAAUUAUACAAAAUCUACCAAAAAUUGAAGUUAACAAAGAUCCUGAUAAUAGUUCAACUGGAGUGAAUCAAACGGACUCUGAUGAAGAUUUCGAUGCAGGCGCUAAUGAUGGAUGUCAAUUUCGAUAUGAAGAGCAUCGAGGCAGUAAUCUGGUACUACAACAUAUCACUGGACGACGUGGAUCAUUUUUGUAUAGGCAAGACACUAAUUCAGGUCAUUCACACUACAGUUCAAGGCAUGAAUCAAUCACAGGGGAUGAAUUGAGUAGACAUCAAGUCGAUGAACCGAUUGUAACACCAUUUGCACAAAUUUUGGCUAGUUUAAGAAAAGUUCGAACAAAUUUUAUCCUGUUAACAAAUGUAACAAGUACAAGAGAUUCACGAUUUGGUGCUGUUCAGCCAAUGCAGGCCAUCGAAGACGGUACUAAUUCAUCAUCAUAUUCAGAACUCAAAAUUGGUUCUUCUGGACAGGCAAAGGUGACAGCUACUGAAACUCUAGAAGAACUUGAAUGGUGUUUAGAAAGACUGGAAAAUAUACAGACUCAUCGAUCUGUCAGUGAUAUGGCAUCAAGUAAAUUUAAAAAGAUGUUAAACAAAGAAUUGAGCCAAUUCGCUGAUGGUGGUCAAAGCGGCAAACAAAUUUCAGAAUAUAUCUUCUCAACAUUUUUAGACUCUAAAGAAAAUGAUCCACUGAAUAGCCCUUCAUCCAUGAUAACAACCACACCGCACGGUAGCGGUGGAAGUAAUACACAUGGUGUAUGCAAUAACAGCAAUAACUCAGAGAUGACGACGUGUUCCUCUUCAUCUGUUCCAAAGAAAGCAGAUUCAUCUGGGAUACAUAUUGCAACAAGACCUAUUGAAUUAGAUCAUGUACUGCCCGCGGUGACUACACUUCCUAACUCGACAACAACAACAACAACACAUAUUACUGAUGGGCAUAUAACAACAAAAAUCAGUGGAAUCAGUACAAAUAACAGUUUGUCUACCUCAGUCGGUACAAUGUCUGUAUCUACUUCAGUGGUUAAUUCUUCAUCAUCAACGGCAUCUCCACUGGUAUCAUUAUCAGUUGCAUCGUCAGGAAUUGAUGAAAUAAGGAGUGGAGAUGAUAAAAGUACUGGAAAACUCCAGUCGAAUACUUCUGAGAAUAACAGUAAUAAUCCUUCUAUUUUUGUCCCUACACCUAGUCCUCCUAUUCAUUUUCAACAUCCCCAUCAACAUCAACAUCAUCAUCAUCACCAUCAUGAACACUCUAGUGAGAAUAAUUUGCCAACCUCAAUUGUACCGUAUAUAAUGAAUUCUAAAAAUCCUGCUAGACUUGAAGAACUGUUGCAAAAUUCACUCGACCUAUGGGGGAUCGAUAUUUUUGAAAUUGACCAGCUAACAACACAUCCUCUCACUUGUAUAUUUUUCAAUAUUGUACAGAAAAGAAAUCUUUUACAACGAUUUUCUAUACCUGAAAGUAAUUUAAUUUUAUAUAUGAAUGCUGUAGAAGAAAAAUACAAUGACAAUCCAUAUCAUAAUUGUAUUCAUGCAGCUGAUGUUGUCCAAUCAACACAUAUACUGUUAAAUGCUCAGUCAUUAGAGUCGGUUUUUACAGAUUUAGAAAUUUUUACCGUCCUGUUUGCUUGUGCUAUUCAUGAUGUUGGGCAUCCAGGCGUUACAAAUCAAUAUUUAAUCAAUACAAAUGACAAAUUGGCAAUUUUAUACAACGAUUCAUCUGUACUCGAGAAUCAUCAUUUAGCUAUUGCAUUUUCACUACUCGGUCAACCAGGUCAUGAUGUUUUUGAGAAUUUUCCAAGGAAACAACGACUCAGUUCUAGACGUAUGAUUAUUGAUAUGGUUUUAGCUACAGAUAUGUCAAAGCAUAUGAGUUUACUGGCUGAUUUAAAAACAAUGGUUGAAACAAAGAAAGUGGCUGGAUCUAGUAUUCUUACACUGGAAAGUUAUAUUGAUAGAAUGCAGAUUUUACAAAAUAUGGUACAUUGUGCUGAUUUAAGCAAUCCAGCUAAACCAUUAGAUUUGUAUAGACAAUGGACAGGUCGUGUUAUGGAAGAACUUUUCCGUCAAGGGGAUAAAGAACGUGAAUUAGGCAUCGAUAUUAGUCCGAUAUGUGAUAGAAAUACAGCGACUAUAGAAAAAUCACAGGUGAGUUUCAUCGAUUACAUUGUUCAUCCAUUAUGGGAGACAUGGUCCGAUCUAGUAUAUCCAGAUGCACAAAAUAUCCUUGAAACCCUAGAAGACAAUCGUGAAUGGUAUUUCAGUCAAAUUAAUGAAACCAACAACGGGGAUAUGAAUAAUAAUGAUGGUGAUGAUGAUGAUAAUAAUAAUAAUACUGAAGAUAAAAAUAAAACUACUACUACUACUACUGCAGAGAAUGAAGAAUAAACCCAUGAAACAAAAGAGGAGAACCACAAAUUAUAGCCAAAUGUCAUACACACAUAAACAUACCUAGUGAGAAUGUGAUAUACACACACAUUCUCUGUAUUUGUGUAUUUUUCAAUCAAAAAGUGUUUCACAUGUGUGUGCGUUAAUUUGCAUUUCAAUUGGUUUGAUUCGAUUUCCAAAAAAAACAAUACUACAGUCAAACAGACAGGGAUAUGCGUUGCAUAACUGUGAAUUAAAUUAACAUUUCUCUGGUAUUAUCAUUAUUACUACUAUUGUUAUUACGCAUCUAAUUCUAUCAAUAAUAAUAAUAAACUUAAACUACUGUUCAAAGUAAUCCCUAUGAAUUUUGUUUUCUUCAUACGUUUUGAAAUUGUCCGUCCAAUGGUAUUCAUUUCUCCACCCCACCCCACCCCAGCCCACCAUAACUCAACCCCGUCUUCCCCUCCCCCCCCAACCUUGUUCCGCACACACCUGCUGUAUGCAAUCCUUUUGCUUUUGUCAUUUCCUGUGAACAAUUAACUGGUUUCAUCCGCUCCCCUCUAUCUCUCUGUCUGUCUUUAUUUCUCAACUUUAAAAAAUCAAUAAUAAUAUGUAUGUAUUGCACAUCAUAGGAUGAUGCCUACAUUUAUGUGAUUCUUUGAUGUGGAGUAAGCAUAGAAGACAAACUGUUUGUAAGCUUAUUAUGUAACUAUCGGUCAAGUUAAUCUAUGCAUAGAUGUAUACAUACAUACAAAUAUGUGCUUGCUCAAUUUCUGCAUUUCUCUUACUCUGAAACACACCCACUCACCCACCCCCGGCCGCGGCAAUAUGGAGGAAUAUUGCAAUCACAUACAGACACAAGGAAUCUUCCUCUCUCUCUGCACUUUACCCUUUACAAAUAAACAGUUUGAUUCUAGAGUCUUCCCAUGACAAUGAUUUUUCUUUUCCUUUCUGGUGCGAUUUCUAUUACUAGACAGUAGAAAGUGACUCUCUUAAAAUCUGAUUUUCUUUUCGUCUUCUCCUCUUUCUUGUGAUAUGUAAUAUGUUGUAUGCAUAACAUUAUUCUUUCUUAUUUUCUCAAUAUUUUCGUUCAUAUUGCCCAGUAAACACACAAACACACUGUUUUUGACUACUUAUAAACAUGUGUUUGUAAGUAGCAAGUGAAUGAGUGGGUGAGUGAGUGAGUGAAUGAUCGAAUAUAUAUAUAUAUAUAUAUAUAUAUAUAUAUAUAUAUAUAUAUAUAACUCUUACGAUAAAGCUUGUAUAAACUGAAAAAACAGGCGGUUAGUCAUAUAUUGAAUAUGAUCCAGUCGACGACAACGGCAACAACGGUAACAACAACAACCACAAACUCACAACAAUUGGAUUAUGUUGUUUAGUGUUCUACUUCAACCCUUGUCUUAAAUAAAUUAUCAGUUAACCAACCAACUAACUAGCUAGCUAGCUAUAGCAGCAGAUUAUGAAAUAUUAAUCAAUCAAUCAAUUAAUUAAUCAAUCAUACAAUAUUAUACAGUGGGUAUACAAACACACACACACACACACACUGCACACACGAAUACACAUACAACGAAAACUGAAAUGAUCUUCUGCCAAUAAAGAAAAAAGGUGUGUGUGUAUAUCACUGUCUGCUUUGUUUACUCUUCCCCUCGUCACUCUCUUGUUGUUAUUGCUGCCGCUGCCGUAUUAGUAGUUGUUAUUGUUGUUGUUGUUUUUACUGCUGGUGCUGCUGUUGUUCUUGUUGAUUUUUUUCUGUAUUUACUCGUUUCUUUGUUUGUUUGUUUUUCAACCCCCCCCACCCAAAAAAAACAAAUGAACGAACGAAUCAAUGAAAUAUACAUAUAUAACGCAGAAAUAAGUCAUAAAUAAAGACAAUAUUGAAUCAUAUGGAAGCAGUAAAAGUGAAAUCUAUAUAUACAUAUAAAUUAGUAAACAAUAAGAAAGAGAAAAAAAUCAAUAACAACAGACUUUUUGUCAUCAUCUACGUCAUCUCUAUCCUCAUCUACAUCAUCUCUUACUCCUUCUGCCUCUCCCUCUCUCACUGUUCUUCUCUUUCUAUCUUUCCCUCUUUUUAUCUCUCCACCCCCUUCCAUUUCUAUUGUAUUUGUUUGUUAAUAAUAAUAAUCAUUUAUUCAAAUGAUGCUGAAACAGCUGUCCUGAAUUUAUUGAUUUUUUUGUUUUGUUUAUUUGUUUUUGUUUCUUCCUCUCAUCCUCAACUGCCACCCACCCACUCACCCCACAAAAGAAAACAUAAUAUAACAUAACAGAACAAACAAAUCAACGUUAAAACUGAAUAAUUGUACAAAUCAUAUACAUAUACACAAACAUUUAUAAUAUGCAAUAAACUACUAUUGUUAAUUGU